AUUUCGAUAUAUACAAGAAAUAUCGAUAGCAGUGAUAGUUGCUCGAUUUACUCUGAAUUUGGUGAUAUGGCCUUUACCGAACUUUUGUCAAGUUUAUCAACAAAUCCUUAUUUUGGUGCUGGCUUCGGUUUGUUUGGAAUCGGCGCUGGUGCUGCAAUAUUACGAAAAGGCCUUCAAGGUGGAAUAAUACUCUUUCGACGCCAUUUAAUGAUAACUUUAGAAGUUCCAUGCAGAGAUAAAUCAUAUCAGUGGCUAUUAAAAUGGAUAACAAUUAAAGGAGCCCGUAAAACUCAACAUUUAAGUGUAGAAACCAACUUUCUUCAAAACGACAAUGGCCAAAUCAAAACCAGCUAUGAUUUUAUACCAAGCAUUGGAAAACACAUAUUUAAAUAUAAAGGAAAUUGGAUUCAAGUGGAGCGGACUAGAGAACAGCAAACAUUAGACUUGCACAUGGGAGUGCCUUGGGAAUCGGUGACGCUAACAGCAUUUGGAAACAAUAAACAGAUUUAUUCUGAUAUCUUAGAUGAAGCUCGUUAUUUGGCCUUAGAAGAAACCGUUGGUAAAACGCUUUUGUAUACCGCGAUGGGCGCAGAAUGGAGGCCUUUUGGUCAUCCUCGACGCCGUCGUCCUAUUGGCUCAGUAGUAUUAGAUAGUGGAGUUUCUAAGAAAAUUAUUGCUGAUUGCAAUGACUUUAUUCAAAGUUCUGUGUGGUAUACUCAACGUGGGAUUCCCUACCGGCGAGGAUAUUUACUUUAUGGACCCCCUGGUUGUGGAAAAUCGAGUUUCAUAACUGCUUUGGCAGGAGAAUUGGAAUAUAGCGUUUGUUUGUUGAAUUUAUCUGAAAGAGGGCUUACCGAUGAUCGACUUAAUCAUCUUUUGAACGUAGCACCAGAACAAACCAUAAUUUUGCUUGAAGAUAUUGACGCAGCAUUCGCUUCUCGGGAGACAACUUUGCAACAAAAAUCUGCAUACGAAGGAAUUAACAGAAUAACAUUUAGUGGAUUGUUAAACUGUUUGGAUGGGGUUGGUUCUACAGAAGCUAGAAUUGUAUUUAUGACAACCAAUUACUUAGAUCGCUUGGAUCCCGCGUUAAUACGUCCUGGAAGAAUAGAUUUAAAGGAAUAUAUAGGCUAUUGUACUGAAUAUCAAUUGGAAGAAAUGUUCAAAAACUUUUUUAAUAAUACUGACACUGAUACUGGGGUAAAUUCUGUAGAAUUUGCACAGCGUGUAAAAUCGUUUGGUCGCCCUGUAAGUCCAGCUCAGAUUCAAGGCUUUUUUAUGAAACAUAAAUUAUCUUCCCCAGAAACUGUUAUUAAUUGUUGUAAAGAUAUUUGGGAAGAUUCCUUAAACAUAAAUAAAUAAUAUAAUUUGUUAAACCCAA